UUUAUAAUUGAUAAUAAUAACAAAUAACGUCUUCAACCCCUUAUACCAAUUCAAAAUAAAAUUAUUGUAUGUUCAACAAAUACGCUCAAUAAUGUUAUUUGCUGUCAUCUCGUUAAGAAAUUGAAUUUUUUUAUAAAAUUAAAAAGUAUGAUUUUAUUUAAAAUGGUGAUAAAUUUAUUUGCAUACUUAUCCAUUUUAAGUGAUGGUUAAUAAUUUCCCAUUCAUUUUUAAAUGUAUUUCUAAAAAUUGUCAGAAUGUUUGGAAUGACGUCUGCGAUUAGUAAUGCCUUACCAAAUGAAAUUGACAUUCAAUUAACAAAAACUCUAGAAGAAGCAUUAGAUAAUGAAAAAGUUAUUACUACUGAAGAAGAUCUGAAACAAAGGUUAGAAGUAUUAGCAUUCCUUAAUACUCUUGUGAAAGAAUGGAUAAAAGAAAUAAGUAUAGUUCAUAACUUACCUGAAAAUAUUUUAGAAAAUGUUGGAGGACUAGUUUGCACAUUUGGUUCUUUCCGCAUGGGUGUAUAUCACAAAGGUGCUGAUAUAGAUACUGUUGUAAUUGUACCACGACACAUACAUAGAAGUGAUUUUUUCACUUCAUUUUACUUGAAAUUAAAAAUGCAAACAUUUGUUUCUAAUGUCAGGGCUGUUGAAGAAGCAUUUGUACCAGUUAUUAAAAUGUUAGUCAAAGGAAUUGAAAUAGAUAUGUUAUUUGCUCGCUUAGCCUUCAGAGAAGUACCUGAGAACAUUGAUUUACAACGAGAUGAAUUAUUAAGAAAUUUAGAUCCCAAAUGUGUUCGCAGUUUAAAUGGAUGCCGAGUAACUGAUUCUAUUUUACGUUUAGUUCCUAAUAAAGAAGCUUUUAAGAAAACUCUAAUUGCUAUUAAGCUAUGGGCAAAACGCCAUAGAAUAUACUCUAACUCUCUUGGAUAUUUAGGUGGGGUUUCAUGGGCUAUGUUAGUAGCAAGAAUUUGUCAGUUGUACCCAAAUGCUGUUGCUGCCACUUUAGUUCAUAAAUUUUUUUUGAUAUUUUCACGAUGGAAAUGGCCUCAACCUGUGUUAUUACAAUCAAAUUAUUCUAUUAAUUUGGGUUACCCAGUUUGGGAUCCUAGGAUAAAUAUCGCAGACAGAGAACAUGUGAUGCCUAUAAUUACACCAGUAUAUCCUAAUCAAAAUUCAACAUUUAAUGUUACUCAUUCAACACUUUCUAUUAUCAAAGAAGAAUUUAAGUUUGGAUUGGAUAUAAUGGGAGAAAUAUUAACUGGUGAAUCUACAUGGUCAAAACUUUUUCAACCUUCUAAAUUUUUUACUAAAUAUAAAUAUUUUCUAAGUAUUGUUGUGUAUGCUAAAACUGAAGAAGAACUUGUUGAAUGGCGUGGAUUUGUUGAAUCUAAACUACGUCACUUAUCAAUAUCGCUGGAAUUAUCAAAAGUUGUUACUCGUUCACAUAUAAAUCCGGAUACUUUCACGCCUCCUUCUUUUUCUCAUAAAACACCAGCCUCUAUGUGGUUUGUAGGAUUAGAUGUUUCUAAGGUAAAAACACACCAAGAAGAUGAUUCUACUGAUGGAUCAGUAGUUCAAUUAGAUUUAACAAGUCAUAUUCGAGCAUUUUGUAUGCAAGUUAAAAAAAAAUCUCAAUCCACAUUUAGACCAGGUAUGGAUAUUGAAGUAAAUCAUUUAAAAAGAAAGGAACUUAAAAACUAUGUACCAGAAGAAAUAAAAAAAGAAAAACAAAUAUCUGAGACAGUUGGAAGCAAACUUUUAGCUAGGCUUUCAGCAGAAAGAAUGGAGGCAUUAAAGAAUGAAUAUUGAAAUAAUUUAUUAUUCCAUAAAAAGUACACGUAAGAACUAAUAAUUUAAUUAUCUUUAUUAUUCUGUGAUUUGUUUUCAUUAUUUUGAUUCCAUACAAGUAAUAAUUUAACAAUAUUGAGGUUAUUAUUAUUCCAAUGAAACUAUAAUAUAUGAGUAAUGUUUAAUUUUUAAAGUUUAACAAUUAAAUUUGUAGACUUAACUGAAGCAUUUUCAUAAUUGUUAUUUUGAUGGUCCUUUAUAAUUUUAAAAAUCUCAU